AUGUCAGACGACGAAGCAGACCCUGAGCUCCUGGAUUUCCUGCGGCAACAUUUUCAGAGCAAGCUUACCGUCAACCCAGAUCCUGAAACAGGGAUCCUCGCCGACGCUGAGGCGGUCUACGAUGACUCCAUUGACGUCGCGAUUGACAUGCGCGCCACCAAGGCCGCCGCAGAGACCAUUCAUGCCCAGAUGCAACACAAGUCUUACUCUCCUGCAACGUGGAGCCAACAUGAGCUGCACCCCAAGGCUAAGGAUGAGUCAACACUCGCCUUCAUCUUCACAAUGGACCUCCUCAACUUCUCCUUCUGGUCCGAGCUGCCCGAAGACGAACGGUUCGCCAUAGAGUACCGCGGACGGAAAUGGACAGGCUACUGGAGUCUCGUCGCCGCCCUCCAGCGCGCCCUAGAAGAGGGCAUCCCCAUCACCACGUCUGAUUACUGGCAAAACGAGGACGAGUGCACCCUCGACGCCCUGCGCCGAGUCUUCCGCUCUGCCACAGAUGAGGAGAUGCCUCUUCUCUCCGAGCGCCUCGUCUGUCUGCGUGAAGCUGGCCAGGUCCUCUAUGAGAACUACGACUGCAGUGUCGCCACUCUCGUUGAGUCUGCCAACGGGUCCGCCGCUGGCCUCGUCAACACUCUCGGGCGUGAGUUUGCCUGCUUCCGCGAUGAGCACCGCUACGAUGGCCGGAAAAAACCUGUGCGACUCAUGAAGAGGGCCCAAAUUCUCGUGGCAGAUGUGUGGGCAUGCUUCGAGGGCGAAGGCUUUGGAGCAUUCAGGGAUAUUGACAAGCUAACCAUGUUCGCCGACUACCGUGUGCCGCAAAUUCUGAACUCAAUGGGAUGCUUGUACUACAGCCCAUCGCUGGCGACAGCAAUCAACAAAAAGUCCUUCAUUGAGACUGGGUCGAGAUGGGAGCUGCAGAUCAGAGGCGACCUGCAGUAUCUGGUGUGUGGAACUGCUUAA